UUGUACAAAUUGUACGUGUCUAAUGCGUCACUCGCAAUAUUUGAGUCAACCGAGUUUUAAGUAUAUAUAUAUUGCUAUUUUCAUGUUUUUAGAUUAGUCAGAUUGAAAUUUUGUUUUGUUUAAAAUGGAUUCAUCUUCACGCGAAUCAUCAGUGGAAUUGGAAAUUGUAGAGGACGAAUUGCUCGACGAAGUGUUUUGUAUGAACAAUAAAGAAAUUGUCGAAUCUAAGCAAAAUGACACAAAAAAGGAGGGCGAGAACAGUCCUUGGUACGAAGAUGAAGAAGACACAGAUGUUUACAAGAAGAACUAUGAAAAUUCGAAUGCACGAUGUGUCGAUGUCCGAACGGAAUCUGAAGAGGGACAAAACAAUAUUAAAUGCACAGAGCACAAAGAUAACAUGAACAGACCAGAUAAAUUGCAUACUUGGCGCAAGAGGACAAGGCAAGACAAUAUGGAUCAUGAGCAUACUAAGAUUUCUCGAAACAGACGCUACUCCAGUGACUCUAGUACAACCACUAAUUCAUCAGAAAACGAUAAAAGACAUGUAGAGUAUGAGACAGAUCCAGUUGUGCUAGCACGUAGACAAAAAGAAAUUGAUUAUGGAAAAAACACUAAUGGAUAUGACAGAUAUAUUAAGCUAGUUCCAAAAGAGAAACGUAUGCGAGAACAUCCAAGGACACCACCAAAAUAUAUAAAAUAUAGCAGAAGGGGUUGGGAUGGUAUGAUGAGGUUGUGGCGGAAGCAACUUCAUUCUUGGGAUCCUCCUCAGGAGAAUGACAAGGUUGACAAAUAG